AGGGUUAUAAAAGGAAAAACUGCGCUCUUCCUCCCAGAUCAUAACGGUCUGAGUUUUCACAGACACGCAGCGCCUUUUCUUUCUCCUCCUUCGCGAAGUUUUUUUUUUUAUUUGUUUGUUUUUCUCGACUUUUCUCCAGAGAUGAACAGAAUUGCUUUUGUCUUCGUCGUCGGACUCGCCUUUGCAGUCGGUCAAAACCUUCAAUGCUACAAAUGUAGCAUCGGCCUGUGGAACCUCUGCCUCACCACAAAAACCACAUGUGACGUCGGGCAGCACUGCUUCAGCGGCGAAGGGGGAACGGGUGAUUUGAAAAUGAAAAUGAAGGGCUGCCUUGAUCUGGCAAAAUGCAACAAGACGGAGAACGUGAACUUGCCCGGCACCUCCAACACCACCAUCUACUCCAUGCUCAAAACCUGCUGCAAUACCGACCUGUGCAACGCGGCGCCCGGCCUGCCCGGUGCCUCCGCCCUCAGCCUGGCAGCUGUCACCAUGUUUUCUCUUCUUGCAGCCAACUUCAUGGUUUAAUAAUCUAGAAAAAAGAGCUAACAGACACAUAGCACCAUGAUACAUGUUCUAGCACUAGACCUUUGUUUUUCAUGCAUGUUUUAAAGUGAUCUUUGAAUCGUUUAAGUUCCUAAAUCCCUCAAAAAUAAAAUGUUAGCUGGAAAUUAAGUUAAAUUCAAAUUGAACUUUUACAAAUUCUGUUUUUACAAUUCUGAUUUUGUAUUGAAAUGUAAACAUUUUGCUCUUGUUGGAACAUAUUUAAGCCUUGGUGAUUGGAUAUAUUUAGCUAAAAUAAACAGGAAGUUGUUAGUUUACUUCUGCCUAAAUAUAGAAAAGGAAAAUCCACAAACAACACAUUAAUACCAAGAGUUAAAAAAAUACAAAUCAAGUUUUAUGUUAUCACAAAAAUGAUUUUUUUAAAGACAUAUUUAACCGUUUUUCAGCAAUUACCUUGACUAGCUUGGCCAAGCUAAGCUAUUGUAAGAUGACAGAACAAAAUGCUAUUUGUUUUUGAGGUGGUGCACUAAUUUUGGGGGAAAAAAUGAGCUUUGUUUACAUUUAAUCUUAGAAACCAAAAACUAAAAUACUUCUGACUUACUCUUGCUUUAGCUGAAAAGAUUUUAACUCUCUUCUUAGGAGCCAAAAUAAGUAGGAAAAUGCUGGUUUGCUUUUCUGUGAAUGUAGAAAAAGUUUGCCUUUCAGUCUUACUUGUGACAUAUAUUCCAUUUUUCUUUAUUAAUCUUUUUAAAAAGGCAUGCCAGGUUAUUUCUGGUCACACAAAUACACUUUCAGACCCGGAUUAGGUUUUCUGCGUUUGGUUUAGGUGAGUUAGAUUAACUAAUCUAAUGUAAGCUAAAUGCACUAACAGAUGUUUCCCAAAAUGCAGUUUGUUUUUAAUGACAUGUAUUAUUAAUUCAAAGUAAAAAGGAGCUAAAUACGCAUUUCUACGUCAAUUCAUUAUGUUAGAAACUGGAAACUCGAUCUUAAAUUUAAGAUUUUCUUGACCGGUGACUUACAAAACAGCUAGCUUACUAGCUAGCUCACAAUAUAGAAAAAAACGCACAUCUUUCUAUCGCAAUGUGACACAUAUUCCAAGUAUUUAAGAGAGAAAACAGGUUAUUUUUGCAAACAAAACGACAGAUAAGUAAUUGUCAUUCUCAGGAGCUAGCUGUUAAACAUGCUAAGCUACGCUAAUGACAGAUAUUACAUAAAGUACGAUAUAUUUUAGUUUUAAGAUUAGAAUAAGAUCUGCAAAGUAUUUCUUUCUGCUGAUUUCAAAAUAAAAUUAAUGCUGUAGAAACAAAAAAGAACGGGUUUGGUCUUUAAACAUUUCUUUUUGUAUUUCUGGUUGGUGGUUGUUUUCUUUUUAGCGCCCCGUCUUUCUUUUUCUGCUAUCUUAAAAAUUAUUAAUAAUUUUAAAAAACACAUGACUCCAUCAGCUUUAUUUAACUUCUUGAUGUUUGUGUCAAAGUUAUACAUUUACACCGGUUGAUCAGAAACUGUAGGAUGAAAGUUUUUAGAUGUUUUUUUAAAAGUUUUGUUCAGCAUAUUUAGGUUGUGUUUCAUUUAAAGUGUACUCAUUUAUUUACAGUUAACUUUCUCUUUUUUAUGUUGCUUUUCCUUCUGUGGACAUUUCCUCAAUAUUUUCAAAAUCAGAAAUUUGUAUCAAACUUUAAGGUGAAAUGUUUCUUUGUAAAACUGUAUUUGACAAAGGUGAAUAAAAUUGGAAAAUGGGAAAGAA